UUUCCGACUUAACCUCUCCCUUCCUUCCUCACAGCUUGUCUUACUCUCAUGACCUCUUUUUGCAAAUGUUUACAUCUCUUCUCUACAUUUUUUCACUGAUAAAAAGCCUAGGGUUCCCACUUUUUCUCCAAUCAACCUCUGAUUAUCAAUACUUGCUCCACAUUUUACUUCAUACAUUUUCUUCUACCUCAGCUUCACUUGCUCCAAGUUCUAAAUUUGUAGCUAUGCCAAUUUAGUGGAUCUUUCUCACCUUUUCUUGGUGCAAUUGUUCCUGGAUUUUGGAGGGAGUUGCUUUAUGGGAUAUUGUUAGGGUCAAAAAGCGAAAAUGCCGUGAGUUCAUUUAUUGGUGUUUUUGCUUUUUGGAAGACGUACAUGUGAAGCAAAUUCUAAUGUUUUAGUAUGAGUGUUAUUUUCCCACUCGGAAUGGCUGAAUCCUAUAACUCUGUGGAGAAGGAAUAUUCUGGAUCAUUUCGCUCCUGUUUAUACCACUUGUUUGCUUAGACUCUGUGGAUUUUUGCACUUCGGAUCGCUUUAGCCGGCUUCAUAGUUGCAUAAAUGAGUUGCAAAUAAUGAGAUGCCGCACCGCCAUAUCGUCGCACAUUUUGAUUGAUCGCCUCUCUACUAAUUAGGUAGCUGGAGUUUUUCAAUAUGGACAAAGCUCUAAGCUUUAUACCGGAUUUGGUCGUUGAUGUUGAGUUUAUUGUUUAUUAGUCGAUAUUUUUAGGGAUUUGAGGUGAUGGAGGAUAUUGUACUAUUCAGUCAAGGGUGGAAAUGGCUGCAAUCAAAGGACUGUUAUUCUGUAGUGAGGACUACUGCAAGCUGUUUAAGGGACAAGAUCGGGAUUUUCAAGGAGCGGCAUUGGCCGAUGGUUUUUUGCGGAUGCGCAAAAUUUGGCAGAGCUCUUCUGUUUUUGUUGGUCUAUUGGAAAAAAUGUUGUAUUUCAGGAUUCCAGUCUUUUGCUGGGCUGGGAUCAGCAGCUCUUCUUGUUAUUAUGUGGAGUUGCUUCCUAAGCUUGACAUCAAUGUCGUGUCUUCUAUAUGUGCUUCUUAGUAUGGGAGUGGCUGCGGCUGCUGUUCAGUAUUUAGGCUACACUCCUGGAUUUUUUAUUGUGGGGCUGUUUGCCAUUCUAAUUUUAUGGAUGUAUGCUAACAUUUGGAUAACUGGUACCUUGUUUAUAGUUGGUGGCUAUCUAUUUUCAUUGAAUCACACACGGCUGGUGGUAUUUAUGGCAACCUUGUAUUCUGUAUAUUGCGUUAAAAACCAAGUAGGAUGGCUUGGAGUUUUUCUCGCAAUUAAUCUUGCUUUCCUAUCUAAUGAUGUAUGGAACUACAUGAUCAAGUGGUGUGAUAAUUUAAGUGAAAGCACUCAUUUUGAGGAGCAUAAAGAAGCUGAUUCAUUUACAGAAGAUGAUUUUUGCACCAAGUGCGAAUACUCUGCUCCUACUGAAGUAGAAAUAGAAGAAGAAGUAGAAGUAGAAGAAGAGAAGCUGAAAUCAUGUAAAUCGACAACUAAACCUGCUAGUCCUUCAUCAAUUGUUGAAAAGCCAAAAGAAGUUGCUUUGAAGGCUGUGGUUAGAGAAGAUGGGAAUUCCCUGAUUGAGAUGGAGAGGAUUUUAAGUAGUGGCAAUCACUAUGAAGCCCUUGGGUUUCCCCGCCAUAAGAAGAUUGAUGUUUUAUUAUUGAAGAAGGAAUAUCGUAAAAAGGCCAUGCUUGUGCACCCUGACAAAAAUAUGGGAAGCCCACUUGCAAGUGAAUCGUUUAAGAAACUUCAAUGUGCAUAUGAGGUUCUUUCUGAUGCUGUGAAGAAGAGGGACUAUGAUGAACAGCUCAAGAAAGAAGAAUCGAAGUAUGUUAUGCAGAAAUCAGCAAGCACUUCUUAUCAGACUACUGACGUUUGCUCUGAGGAGUCGAGGCGCAUUCAGUGCACGAAGUGCGGCAAUUCUCAUAUUUGGGUCUGUACAAAUAGAACCAAGGCGAAAGCUAGAUGGUGCCAGGAUUGCUGCCAGUAUCAUCAAGCUAAAGAUGGCGAUGGAUGGGUUGAGAACAAGGGCUCACUUGAGUUUGAUCGGCUGCAAAAGGUGGAAAUACCCCGUGCUUUUGUAUGUGCUGAAAGCAAGAUUUUUGAUGUGUCGGAGUGGGCUACAUGUCAGGGAAUGUCUUGCAGAGCAAACACCCAUAGGCCCAGUUUCCAUGUAAACAUGGUUGGAUUGGAGAAGUCAACUCAAAGGUCAAACUCAAGCCGUUACCCAUGGGAUUUGGAUGCUGAGAUGACUGAUGAAGAGGAUGAAUUCGAUAUAUGGCUCCAGCAAGCCCUCGCGGCUGGACUGUUUUGUGAAACUUCCAAACGUAGGAAAAGCUGGAGUCCCUUCAAACUGCCUCAGAAGAAAGGAACAAACCAGUGGCGCAGAUCAUCUUAGAAGAAAAUUUUUGCUGACUCGAUCAAUCGCCAUCCAUCUUUUUCCACCCACACUUCUCCUAGCAGAGCGUUGAAUGAUGUCGUCGUGCCCAGAAAGCUUGGACCAGGUGAGAAUGUGGAUCAAGAAUUGCACGGUUCAAUUUAUGUAAAUAACCAUAACCGGGAUUUGUCUAUGUUACACACCAGUUUUUGCAGCAUUCUUGAGCUUUAGAAUGAAAUUGCGAGGAAUAGCAAAACUGCUUUGCUUUGCUGCUGUUUUGUGUACACAUUUGCUUAACACCACUUGAGAAGAUGCAAUAAAGUGAAUAGUUGAAUUAGCAUUCCAACCAA